AUGCCGUUGCCAACACGACUCCUCUACGUCGGCGCCGUGGACGACCCACCUGAUCUCUUGCGUCUCGAUCUUGGCUCACAGCUUCAAGCUGGGACGAAGUACAUUGCCUUGUCGCAUCGAUGGGGUGACGACUUCGACAAAGAGGAAAAGACUAUCCGUACAUCCCAGGAAAAUGUUGACGCACGACUUAAAAAAUUCAGUCUGUCUGAUCUGCCAAAAACUUUCCAGGAUGCUGUCGAAGCGACGCGCCAGCUGCGCAUCCCGUAUUUGUGGAUCGAUUCUCUCUGCAUCGUUCAACAUGGAGAUGAAGGCAAAGACUGGCGUCGCGAAUUUAAGCGCAUGGAAACAGUCUUCUCAGCCGCUUACUGCACAAUUGCUGCGACUUCGGCUAAAAACGGGAACACGGGUUUUCUUAAGCGAGCUUGGAACACUGAAUCUCUGUAUGUUGAGAGUGCUGCGGGGCAGAAAUUCUAUGUCAGCACAGACAUUGAUGACUUUGACAUUGAUGUGGGGAAGGCGGAACUUAACAGGCGAGCAUGGGUGCUGCAAGAAAGCGUGCUGGCACGACGAACGAUUCAUUUCACCGCUAAGCAAAUUUACUUUGAGUGUGGACAAGGUGUCUACUGCGAGAACCUUGUUAAGCUAGAAUGUCAGCCAUUCCGGAACAAAGACUUCACGCUCGAUCCAAACUUUCCAAGCCGGCUCGUCUUCUCAGGUCCCGGAGACACUGAAGAGUUCAUUCGCUUACUCAUUCAAGACUACUCCGAGCGAGAACUCACAAUCAAAACUGACAAGUGCGCCGCAAUGUCUGGGUUGCAUACUCGUAUCGCUCGCACGAUACACUGUGAAGGCAGAUAUGGUACUUUAGAGAAAUACCUUCACCGAAAUCUUCUUUGGCACGCGUCUGAUCGCAAGCUGCAGAAGAUAGAGCAUGAGAGCUAUGUGCCAUCGUGGUCAUGGAUGGCAUACCACGGAGGCAUUCGCUUCCAGGAUAAGACGAAGCUGCCUUUUGGCAGUGGAUGUUGGGUUACCAGUCUUCGCUUCGACAAGGAGCGCGAUUGCGACCAUGCGUUAAUCGCCGACGUAGGAGUGUUCCAGGAUUGCCAGAUGAGAUUGGACGGUAGUCGUUAUGCUGUUUUCAGCCUUUCAGAACCUGAGACAAACAGAGGAUGGAUCUGUUACGAUGUUGAGGAUGGCAAGAAUCUGCUUGAGGAACACUGCAUUGUUGUAGGAAGCAUGGUGAACGGCGAGAACUACUACAUAUUACUUGUCAGACCCACUACUGAGGCCGGCGAGUAUAAGCGAGUUGGGAUGGGGGAGGUGGCAAAGAACUGUCUUGUGAGAAUCCAGGCCAAUGUGCGAGUGGUAUGA